AGCCACGAGGCAAACAAAGGCGGUCAGACAUAGUGAGCGAGAGUUCCAUCCCCCUUUGUGAAUCAUGGAUCCAUCAUACACUGGCGACUGAUAAGAGCUGCUGUGCUGGUCCUUGAUGCUUGGUCCACGAUUGGAGCUAUAGCCCACAGCUACGCCGAUCCUGCCGUUGCGUUACGAUCCACAAUCGUGAAUGCACGUCUAUCUCGAUCCGCUCUCGUCAUGACGACGUACGCAUCACGGCCCCCGCGGCGCUCCUGUAGCCCUUUGUUAUGCCGUUGCAUGCCGCCUGAUGUCCACAUUGACGCAGCAGCAAUCGUGAGUUGGAUAUUGGUUCAAGAUCAGCUAGGAACUGGCUCGAAACCUUAACUCUACCAUCAUCUCGAUCGAGGACAACAGAUGUGCUUCGGGCGUUGGGUAUAUCCGAAACGUGGCGACGAAAUGUCCGCUCCCACCAUCCUUUACACGGAAUGCACACUCCGCUGACUCCGCAACAGACCCCAAAGGCGUGAGAACCAUCUGCACUCACAGACCUUCACUCGGCACCAAUGACGGACUCGAAAAGGAGAUUUCGAGACUGUGGGCUCGGAGCAUUGCUCCGCAACACUGUCUACAGCGCUUGUUGUCCGCUUGUUGUCCCGUCGAAUGAAUUCGAAACACACGUACACGUACUCUUUUGUGUCGAACGUAGCUAGGGCGCACUGUUCUCGAUGUGGACAGCAAGGACUGACUGACAGUCCUCCUCAGUCUGCCAGCCAGUGAAUGCAGUCGAAGCGCUUCGAUCGAGU